CUCUUCUAUUUAUAGAUCAUCUGCGCCCUACGACUGAAGUGUAUUCUCCUACGCGAGAGCAGAAGAAACGCCCAGCCAAGCCACCCGUUCUGGUGGUUCGAUCAAACCUGACACUGACAGCACACAACAGACUCGCCCCUACUCUCGCAGCAGAGCACAGCACACUCGGCCAUAUCUCAUCAUCACGGGCUGGUGGACAGACAUAGAUCAUCUUCUGACACGCUCCUGAGACCUCCCAACCUUACACCUGGCAGCACCUGUUGGCCUGACCGUUGACGACCACACCACCUCGAGCGGCACUCCACGUUCGACUGAUCUGCGCACAACUCCUGUGUCCAACCAUCUCACCCGUGUACCUUUUAUCUGUAUUCGCAUCUCCUACCUGGCUCUGCUCAACGUGUACCAUCCUCACAACCCCUCUUUGCAUCAAGUGCGGCGAUGCGGCUCCCUUUCUCGACGCCCUACCUCUCCCCGGGGCUCAACCCCCUCUCGGACCAAUUCUCCUUCUUGGGCGAUACAUGCCGGCUCGCAUGUCGUUUCCUGAGCGUAUGCUGCAAAGACAGGGAAGAGAGGACGCGCUGGGUCACUAUCUCCCCCAUUCCGGGACAGACGAUCAACGGUAUCGGCGUAUCCGGUGCUUGGUGGCCCCUCGACCUCCAGCAUUUCCCCGUCUCACAGCAGGAGAAAGUCGCCGAACUGCUGUUUAGCAAAGACACGGGCUUGGGCUUGUCGAGCUACCGGUACAAUAUUGGCGGUGGAGGGAAGGGCGUCGGGAACCCUUCGCGACGCCCACCAACGCCCUAUGUUGCUCCCGGAGUUUACAACUUCACCGCUGACACGGCCUCCAACUUUUUCCUGCGCGCUGCCGCCUCCUACGGCGUCGAGCAGCUCACAGCAUUUGUCAACUCCGCUCCCGCCGACUUGACCUCCAAUGGCGAUGCCUGCGGAGGGAUGAUGAGCAAGGAGAACGUCCCAGCUUUUUCAAAGUAUCUGGCGGAUGUGCUAGUGUUUUGGCAGGAGGAGGGUGUGAGGUUCGACCUUGUCAGCCCGAUGAAUGAGCCGGAUAACAACUUUGCCAACCUUGAUGGAUCUCCCUGUCGGCAAGAAGGCAUGGCUGUCCUCCCCGCCCUGCGCGCUUCCCUCCCCUCCGUGCUCCGGCGCACGCUAGACGCUGCCGGCCUAUCCCACGUCGGAAUCCUCGCAGACGAAACGAGCACUGUGCCCGAAUUCUUGCCCGAGAUCCCGCUCUGGCUCCCUCUGGCUAAAGCGCAUAUCGCCGCUGUGGCGCACCAUGAUUACCUGUUUGCCGAUGAGAGGAGUCUGACCGCUAUGGGCGUGGAGGGGCGCGCGCUGAGCGGAGGGAAGGACAUGUGGUUCACGGAGAUCUGCUGUUUCAAGACGCGGGAGGGGGAGAGGGAGGGUGACCCUCUCGCACCCCUGGCUUUUGGCCAGACCUAUGACCCAACGAUAGUCGGCGCCCUCCAGCUUGGUGUGAUCCUGUACAAGUCCUUCACCCUCGUCGGUGACACGCACUUCGACUGGUGGACCGCCGUGAGCAAGGCCAUAGGCUGCUCGCCUUUCAACAGCACGACGUGUGCGACCACUAUCAACCGACACGGAUACAACGACGGAUUGCUGUACUACGACCCAUCGUUUAACAAGACGCAAAACUACGAGAUCUACACCACAAAGCGGUUCUUCCUCCUCAAACACUUCGCGAGGUUCAUCCCGAUCGGAAGUGUGAGGUAUGACGUCUUCGGCUCGGCGCCUCUGCAGCGGGUGCUAGCGUUCAAGCGUCCUGCAAGGGGUGCAGAGCCAGCAGGCUGGACGGUAGUGGUAAUGAACAUGAGCGAUGAAGAAAGCGCGUUCGAGAUCGAGUUAUAUGUGGAGAUGGGCCGGGCGACAGCCGCUUACCGUACCACGGCGGAGGAGGACUGGGUCGACGUACCCCUGCAAGGGGACAGACCGGGAGAAGGCAGGUUCCAUAUGCUUCUCCCUGGACUGAGUAUCACUACCGUACUGUUUGAAUGAGCACGUGACGAAGACGAUUAUAGACUUUUGCACUGGCUGGCCUGUCUAUGCAUAUGCUGUUUCUUGCAUUAUUCCCU